CUACAGUUGUUUUGUGUCGUAAACCGACUGAUUAACCAAUGGUUAUCACUCACUUGCGUUUAUGGAUGCAUGCUGCCAUACUCAUCCUCGUGGAAGCCUCCUUUGGACGUUUUGCGCCACCCUGUGCAUCUCUGUCGACUGACCUCACAGAGGAGUACACCGAGGCCCCAAGACUAUUACCGGCCUCUUCGAUACCAACACAUUUCGACUGGCGUGAUGUUGACGGCGAAAAUAUGGUCACAACGGACCGAAGCCACUCUAACCCUGGGUCAUGUGCUGCUUGCUGGGCUUUCGCUUUGACCCACACACUCUCCGAUAGGAUCCGUAUUCAGCGCAAGGCAGCCUUCCCCGAGGUUAAUCUGGCCGCCCAGCCCUUGUUGACUUGUGCCUAUAAGGCAGGCAAUGGUUGCCGUGGCGGACGGGUUCUCGAUGCGGUCCGCUAUAUCAAAGAACAUGGUAUCACUGAUGAAACUUGUUCACCUUAUCUAGGGAGAGGCCGAGAUUCCGGAGAGGUCUGUCGUGGAACGACUCUAUGCGUCAACUGUGAUGCAGAUGGCUCGUGUAGUAUUCCGAAAAACUAUGCUACCUUCUAUAUCGAUCAAUACGGUCUAGUGAAGGGGGAGGCUAACAUACAGUCGGAGGUGCUCACUCGUGGCCCUGUUGUUUGCCAUAUGCAUGCUGAUGAAACAUUUCGUGCUAAUUAUCAAUCUGGGCACAUCUGGGACUUUGAUUAUUUAACCCAAGAUGCAGAGGUUAACCACGCUGUGGAAAUCGCUGGAUGGGGACAGGAAGCUGAUGGUACUCCAUACUGGGUCGCCCGGUUCUCUUAUGGUUCGGCGUGGGGUGAUCAUGGUUGGGCUAAGUUACAGCGCUCCCCGACUGGCCUCAUAGAGAACAGUGGAUGUGUCUGGGCGACGGUGAACCCGGCUGCUUGGAAGGACUGGUCACUGUACCCUGAUACUAA